AUGGCGAUCUUGAUCUACUUUCUCUUUACCCUUUCAAUAGUUACCUCCACAAAUGCUUGCGAUAGAUGUCUGCAUCAAACUAAAGCUGUUCCUUUCUCCAAUGCUUCUGCUCUUUCAUCUGGAGCAUGUGGGUAUGGUUCAUCUGCUCCAAGCUUCUACAAUGGCCAUCUUGCUGCUGCUGUUCCUAGCAUAUUCAAAUUCGGGUCGGGUUGUGGUGCUUGUUUCCAGGUUAGAUGCAUGGAUGGUAAGUUGUGUUCCAAGGGUGGAACUCAAGUGAUAGUGACUGAUUUGAAUAAGAACACAGAGACAGAUCUGGUGUUGAGUAGCAGAGCUUUCAUGGCUAUGGCUAAUAAGGGUAUGGAGUUAAACAUGUUGAAACUUGGUGCUGCCAACGUGGAAUAUAAAAGAGUUCCUUGUGAUUACAAAGGCAAAAAUCUGGCUGUGAGGGUCGAAGAAUCAAGCCAGAAGCUCCGUUAUCUUGCCAUAAAGUUCUUGUAUCAAGGUGGCCAAACCGAGAUCGUAGCCGUUGAUGUUGCCAAGGUUGGUUCGACAAACUGGAGUUUUCUGCGCAGAAAGUCUGGUGCUGUUUGGGACACGGAUCGAGUUCCGGCAGGGAAGUUGCAGUUCCGGUUGCUGGUGACGGCUGGAUACGAUCGGAAGUCGAUUUGGGCCAAGAGUGUGCUCCCGGCCGAUUGGAACGCCGGAAUCGUGUACGAUUCCGGGGUACAAAUCGAAGACGUUGCUGAAGAAGGAUGUGGUCGAUGUGAUUAAGUAGCUUUUUGGUAGUAGUGCUUUUUAAAGAUUAGGGAAUAAUUUGUUGUUUACUACUACUUAUUUGUGUCAAGAAAAUGAAAUGGAUGUUGUUUUACUUUGUAAAUAUUUUAAUGAAAAUAUGUUUUAGUAAUAAUAAAUAAACCGGUGACGGAUCUAAAAAACGUCUUUGGUUGA